CAUGAAUCCCAUGAGCCCGGACGUCCCAAAUUCCAACGUCCCAUUAUCUAGACACCAUCGGCUCCAUAUCACGAUAGAUUACCAAGGCCAAGAUACAAUGGCUCACCAGUUCGAACCUCUACAAAAUGAUCUGGUCCUCCGAACCGCAUGGGGUACACUUCUCCCCUCAACCGCAAUAUCUCAUAAAUAUGAAGGGCAAGACUAAUGAUUUUUGGCAGGUGAGAAAGUUGAGAGACCACCAAUGUGGGUGAUGCGUCAAGGUCUAUACUCCUCUGUUUUGAUGCCAUACGACGACUGAUGUCGGUUCCCUUAUAGCCGGACGGUACCUCCCCGAAUACCACGAAGCCAAGGGCCAGAAUGACUUUUUCAAAUGCUGUCGUUCUCCCGAAAUCGCCUCUACCUUGACUCUACAGCCGAUUGAGAGAUUUACCGGUCUGAUCGAUGCUGCCAUCAUCUUCUCCGACAUUCUCGUGAUCCCCCAGGCACUGGGUAUGACGGUUGAAAUGAUUGAUGGAAAGGGACCACAUUUCCCAAAUCCUCUGCAAUCCCCCGAGGAUGGACAAUACCAAGUGAUUAUGGAUAAAAAGGUCGAUGUUGCAGCCGAGCUGGACUAUGUUUACAAGGCCAUCACAAUGACAAGGCAUAAGCUGAAGGGUCGGGUUCCAUUGUACGGUUUCUGUGGAGCUCCAUGGACUUUACUGUGCUAUAUGGUGGAGGGUGGUGGAAGCAAGCUGUUUAUUCAAACCAAGACCUGGGUCUACAAAUACACCGAGGCUAGCAAGGCGUUGUUGCAAAAGAUUGCAGAAGUGUGUGUCGAGUAUUUAGCACUGCAAGUGAAAGCUGGUGCUCAGGUACGUUGAAAGUCUGGAAUAUUUCCUACGCAUUGCUAAAGAGUCGAACAGAUUAUCCAAGUCUUCGACUCCUGGGCUGCAGAGUUAUCGCCUCAAUCCUUCAAGCAGUUCUCUCAGCCAUACCUUGCAUACAUCUCCGAAAAUCUCCCCAAGCGGCUGAAGGAGAUGAAAUUAGAUCCCGUUCCAAUGGUCGUAUUUGCAAAGGGGGCUUGGUAUGCUUUGGAUUCGCUCUGUGAUCUAGGAUACCAGGUUGUAGGUUUAGAUUGGCUGCAGGAUCCCGCAGAAGCUGUCAAAAUUCGAGGCAAUCGCCCUGUUGUCUUCCAAGGCAACGCAGAUCCGGGUGUCCUGUACGGAACCAAAGAUGAGAUUACCAAGGCAGUUGAGCACAUGGUUGCUGGUUUUGGUGGAGGAAAACAGGGAUGGAUUGCCAAUCUUGGUCACGGUAAGAAUCACCAAAUUCUCCAACAAACCUUGUGCUGAUCUUUUUACAGGAAUUACCCCCCGCGUCAACCCGGAUGACCUCAAGUUCUAUUUUGAAGAAUUGCAUAGACUAACCAGCAAAUAAAUUAUAGAAAUACUAGAAAUGCAGAAAAGUUUUUGGCGGUUUAUCAUUAACCAAUAACCUGCCACUUUCC